AUGAAAUUCGCCGACAUCGUCGACCCGACUUGGGACCUGACCCUACAACGAGUAAUACAACACAUCGAUGGCGUCAACGACGUCCGACGCAUCGCCCACCUGGCCGACGUCUCCCUCGAGCUCUGCCAGCUGGCCCUGCGCCACCUGCUCUACUACGACACGAUCCUGCUGCUCGACAUGUUCUUCUUCAGUAACUGCUAUGCGCCCCGACCAGGGAUACAUGAUUUCAUCGCCAACGUGGGCGGGAUGGUAGACGAGUGUGCUAACUAUGUCUGCAUUGGUCCCCCGGAGGAGGACGACAUCGUCGUCGAUGACAACCACCACUCCCACUCCCACCGCGACCACGACAGCAUCAAACCCGGAGGAGAGAGGAGCACCAAAGCUAAACCAAAACCCACCGGCACCCCCCGCCGCCACCGCCUUCCCAACCACACCCUCAUCAAGCUCAUGACGACCUUCUGCGUCGGCAAAACCGUGCUAGAAUGGCUCAAAGACCACAUGGACGCCGGCCUGGACGUCCUGCGCUUCAUCGACGUGCGGCGCUUUGUCCAAUUCGGCGUGAUCAAGGGUUGUCUGUACCGCGUGCACAAGUACGUCGUGUCGAAGCAGUACCUGGCGGCGCUAGCCACGGGGCAGGCGAGACCGGUUGAGGGCGGGGACCCCCUGCAGAAAUAUACGGAUGGACUGCAUUGCUUUGAUCAAAUUAUUACCGAGCAGAAUAAGACGGAUGCGGAGAUCAUGGAGGGACUUAAGAAUUUGAAGGGGUUGAAUGGAGAGAAGGUGCCGCCUGGGGAUUUGACUGUGUUGUAUAGGUGA